AUGACAACGGCAGCAGUUCGAAAGGCGGCAUACGAGUUACAGCUACACAUAUCGAUCAAGUACAUAACAGCAAAUGUGAUGGACAAAAGUAACGGUAGCUUAGUGGCACAAGUGUCGACAAUAGAGCAUGCUCUCAAAAAAGCUUUCGAGCUUGGGCGCACCACUAAGAACCCUCAGGCUGCAGUGGUGGUCGGCGAAGUCCUGUCACGGCGGCUCAAAUUGGAGGCACUCAACCGCCAACACCAAGGUUUGGAGCAUGGAAUCUACGCCAAUGUAUAUAAAUUGGUUCAGAAAAGGGGGGUCCUAGAUAUGUCUGCUAAUGCUAAAAUUGUUUGGGCAAUUGUUAAUUCGCUUAGAGAGAAUGGGAUUAGGAUUAUUGUUCUUGAUUGUGGUGAUUUGUGA